AUGAAUGGUGUAAGAUCCUUGAUAUCACUAUGGAAAUGGACCGAGGCCGAAAGAAUGACACAUCUUCGACAGCGAAUCAAAGGCAUUAUAUUCGACAGCGCUCCUGCCCGUACAAGUGCUGGUCCAGAUUCUCACGCCGUGGUCGUGUCUACGCCACCAUUGGAAGGGCUCACUUGGGUUAGCAACGAUACGCGGCGUCAAAUGAUCAUGCUGGCGUUCAACCUCAGAAAGGCUUUUGCAAAUUCAGUCAGUGCUCUCUUUCCAUCUCUUCGACCUCAUCUCUCCAUGUAUUAUUACCUACGAGAGUGUGCGGAUCUCCCUAAUUCACAACUCUUUCUUUAUUCUAGGGAGGAUAAGUUAAUCAAAUACAAGUAUGUGAAGAAGUUUUUGGAGCACCAAAAGAGUUUGGGACGCGAUGUUGUCGAGGUCAUGUUUGCGAAUUCUGAACAUGUCCAACACUUCCGCACUCAUCCGGAGCAGUAUCGUGCUACUUGUAUCGAGUUCGUGAAGAAAAUCGAGAAAUCGCUCGAAGAACCAGCUUGA